AUGCACCAAUCGUCUAUUGCCGCCUAUCUGGCGGCCUUUUGUUUGGAGGCGCUAGCAAUUGCCACCUGCCAGCAGUCGCUGAGCGCGCCGUGGCUCAAAUCAGAGACUGAGAGCAUCAGCCUAACCAAGCGGUGUAUCCAGGGCUUUUGCGAGAGCUUCCCGCCACCGCAGUACUGCUAUUCUAAUUCUUCGUUCUGCGGCAGCUGGAAGACCUGUGGCUUCCUGACGGCACUGUCCUUUAUUCUUAAUGCAGCGGUCCUGCUAGUGCUUGCUUUCAGCCUUCUAUUCAAGCGUCGAAAAAAGACGGUGGUCCUUGUUCGAAACCUCCUUUUUGUGUCGAUCAUAUUUCAGCUGGUUACCCUGGUGGGCCUGCCUAUAGUCGUCGAUUCGGCCGACCUGUUUCGCAAGCAAGAUUGGCAGUGGGCGGGCGGCUACUACAUGCUUCUUUCGUCCGCAACCUGCGGAUUGUUUCUGCUUUGUGAGAUGAUGGUGUUUCGUAGCAUUGUCAAGCUCCACGACGAUCAUGAAAUGGAUAGUGAUGAGGAGGACUCACAUUUUAGUGAGACCCUCGACCAGGUCUCAAUUGACGAAAACGUGCCCGAGGAGCAGCUUGACUUUUAUAUAUUCAAUAAGCAAGCUCGUCGCUCGGCACUGAACAGAUAUACAUGA